UUUUCCCCUCCGCUUCUCCUUCUUUCUCUUCCCCUUCUCUCUCUCUCUCUCUCUCUCUCUCUAUCUCGGAUUUCCUGCUCUUGGGGUUUUCGUCGGAGUCUAAAGCCUGUCGGCAUUGCCCAUUUGCUCUGCGUUUGCUGAAAAGGUUACAGGAAAAGAAGUGGUCUGGCUAGACUACAUUGUUCUAUCAGAUAAAUUUACUCUGUUAUUGGGAUAAAUGCAUUGUGAGUUCUUGGAGAUGAGAUUUUGCGAAGCCUCUGCUUGAUGGACUGCUUCCCAAGCAGCGGAGACAAAAAGACAUUGAAGAGGUGGUUUUUCAUAGAUAAAAGAGUAGGGUAGAAGUUUGAUUCAUCACUGCAUUCUGAGGGUAAAAGCAUUUGGACAAAAAGUUCAGUACGCAUUUUGUGGUAACGACUGGUGGGAAGACGUCUGAAUCCGAUGGAUUUGAAGUCAACAAAUGGUUCUCUGAUUGUAGCUGAUCCUGCACCGAUAACCAAGUCUAGGUUGGGGGCAUAUUCUGGUCUAAUGCCUUAUUCACAAUCAGGGCCGUCGUUUUCAGCUAACAUCACCACAGUUCCAAGGAAAAAACCAGGGAAGCUGGAUGACGUUCGCUCCAAUGGCUGGCUUGAUGCGAUGAUAUCUUCGUCCCCUCCUCGCAAAAAGAUUCACAAAGACUUCAAUGCUUUCGACAUUGUCUCGGACGAGGCGGAUGUUGCUUACCAAUCUUGGAUGAUUAGGUAUCCAUCCGCACUCAAGUCCUUCCAACUGAUAAUGGACCGUGCAAAGAAUAGAAAGCUAGUGAUGUUCUUAGAUUAUGACGGAACACUCUCCCCCAUCGUAGACGACCCUGAUCGAGCUUUUAUGUCCAAUGAAAUGCGUUCUGCGGUAAGGAGUGUUGCAAAACAUUUUCCAACAGCCAUCAUCAGCGGAAGAAGCCGGGAUAAGGUUUAUGAUUUGGUAGGCAUAACGGAACUCUACUAUGCUGGUAGUCAUGGCAUGGAUAUCAUGUUUCCCACCAGAGACACGGUGUCCCCUAACCAUUUAAAUUGCGUUAAGUCAACUGAUCUGCAGGGCAAGGAGGUAAAUCUAUUCCAGCCUGCUAGUGAAUUUCUACCCAUGAUCAAUGAGGUCUACAGAACCUUUGUUGAGAUCACCAAAGACAUAAAAGGUGCAAAAGUGGAGAACCAUAAGUUUUGCGUCUCCUUACAUUACCGCAAUGUAGAUGAGAAUAGUUGGCCUUUAAUUGCACAGUAUGUUCAUGACAUUUUGAAAGACUAUCCUCGAUUACGACUAACACACGGGCGAAAGGUUUUAGAGGUUCGCCCUGUGAUCGACUGGGAUAAGGGAAGAGCCGUUGAAUUUCUUCUUGAAUCCCUAGGAUUUAGUAACAGUAGUGAUGUGCUCCCAAUUUAUAUCGGAGACGACAGAACUGAUGAAGAUGCAUUCAAGGUGCUGAGAAAGGGAAACCGAGGUUACGGGAUACUCGUCUCCACUAUCCCGAAAGAAAGCAAUGCUUUCUUCUCUCUACGAGACACUUCAGAGGUUCAAGAUUUCCUUGAGUCCCUUGUCAGAAUGGCACAACAGGAUGCAAAGGGUCUUUGAUAUGAUUCGUUACUUGUAUAAUUUUCAUUAACUAGGCAGGCAGGCAGGCAGGCUGCAACUAUCAUCUGGGCUGAGCCUCUUCUCUCUUUCUAGUUUUUGUAACAUGUAAUUUUUCAUCAUGAAGGUUUCUUUUCUUUCUUUCGUUUUUUUUUCUGUAUUUUAAAGGUUGAUAGAUGAUGAGGUUUUAGUAUUUUUGGCCUCUAAGUAGCUGUAGUCUUAUUGAAUUUAAUUAUAUUUUACAAUCAAAGCUUGGCAAUUGUGCAUACGAAUGCCAUUGUUGUUGGGCACGUAUUUGAGUAAUAGGUCCAAAGUGUUUGGUUUUGUUAGUAUUAAA